UCAACUGUGACUCAACACCGACUGAAGGCUCAUCAUAAUUGAGGUUGUUUGCGGCAAUACGUACCUGAAGUUCGCAGCGUAAGUUUGUCGUGUGAGCAAAAAGUAAAAGAGAUAACAUAAAAACAAUUGAGGGAACGGGAAAAAUGUUUAACAAAAAAGAAGCUACCGCUGGGACUACCAGCAAGUGUCAGAUAAGAAAAGAGGAUGAAGUUAAAAAUGUGACGAACUCAACUCGAAAGAGUAAGAAGUUUGUCAACCUGUUCUCAGAUGAGGGCAAACAACGACAAACGAUCUUACUCAGUGGAAGACAUCCAUGUCAUUGUCUGGCCUCGAGGCACCAGUUGGUGAACAACUGUGUUUGCUGUGGGCGUAUCGUCUGCAGUCAGGAAGGGUCCGGAUCAUGUUUUACCUGCGGCGCAUUGGUCGUUACACCUCGCGAAACGGAACUUCUUUCAAAAAAUUCUCGGAGAGCGACCCAACUCCGACAAAAAUUAGAAGAACAAGAUGCUCUUGCAGCUGCCGUUGCCCACAAAAAUCGGCUUUUGGAUUACGACCGUACCUGCGCGAAACGCACUGUGGUGAUUGAUGACGACCGGGACUAUUUCUCGUCAGACAAUAAAUGGCUUACGCAGAAGGAAAUAAAAACUCUAAAAGAGGUAGAAGAUAAACGUGACAAAGCCAAAAGUUUGCGGGGAGCGCAGACCCGUAUGGAUAUUGACUUUGCUGGAAAAAAGGUGGUAGUCAAGAAUGAGGAAGCUUCCGAACUCUAUCUUCAUGAUACGACGGAGGUCAUCAAUGAAGCAGUUGACAACUUGCCUUCGUACAUUAGCAGUCAGGAACUUAUCGAUCUCGAAUUCAUUCCGACUGGCGAUGUUCUCAGUGCAUUCACCGCCAGGAUGACUGAGAGCAUGCAGACUGUGAGGCUUCAAGAUAGUCACCUUAUGGAGAUAUCCGACGAGGGAAUGUGUUUAUCAAUCAAUCAACCAUACGCAAGCCUCCUGUUGGCGGGCAUUAAGCGCCAUGAAGGAAGGCAAUGGUACCAUGCACACCGAGGAAGGCUGUGGAUUCACGCAACCGCUAAAUAUGUCGAAUUUGCUGAAAUUGAAAAGGUUCUCAGUACGUAUUACCAAUUGGUCAGUCCCGAGGUGGCUGCGCAGACGCCGAAACAGUUUCCAAACGGAGUGCUUCUAGGCUGCGUUGACGUUAUCGACUGUCUUCCGCAAUGGAAGUACAGAAAGAAUUUUCCUGAAGGUGAAAUUUCUGACGCUUUUGUCUUUAUAUGUGAGAACCCACAGCCUUUAAAAACACCAUUUCCGAUGCGUGGAAAGCCCAAGAUAUAUAAACUUGAGCCCAGGUUGCAUCAUGCCGCAAGGAAACAGGUGAUGUGUAUUCCCGGUAAUACACCAUAACUAGAGAGCAAACAA